AAUGACGCUAGCGCAGUAUCACAACUAAAGAGGUUAGGCACACACGUGUUUUUCGAACGUUUAUAAGCUUAAUUUGUGUGUUACUCAACUAUGGCUAAGCCAGUGUGUUUAAAUGACAUAAGCAAGGAGGAUUUGAAGAAGUUUUUGGGCUCUUUCGAUCAUGUUUUCUCAGAUUGUGAUGGAGUAAUUUGGACAAAAGCGCCCAUGCCUGGCUCUGGGGACUUCUUCAAAGUGAUGCAAGAGCUGGGCAAGACUGUGCAUUUUGUAUCAAACAACAGCAUCAGAAGUAAAGCCGACUACACCGCCCUGUUCGACGCAGUCGGCCAGGAGAAAGGGUUUGACCGGCUAACAAUACCAUCCAUAGCAAUAGUUGAGUACUUAAAGUCAGUGAAUUUUAAUAAAACUAUUUAUUGCGUUUCGUCUAUGGGCACAAUCAACGUGCUAGAGGCAAAUGGGUUCAAAUGCAAGUAUGGGCCAGACUCGUGUCCAGAAGACUAUCACGACUUCGCGCAGUUCGGCGAGGACGACCCCGAUAUAGGAGCGGUGGUAUUCGAUAGCGACUUUAAAGUGAAUGUGCCGAAAUUGCAAAAAGCCUCCACGUACCUGAAACGGGCUGAAGUGCUCUUUAUAUGCGGUGCUUCGGACCGGCUAGUGCCUUUGAAGGCAGGCUGCUUGGGGAUCGGUCCAGGAGCGUUUACUGAAAUGGUCCGUGAUAUAGUGAAGCGUGAUUUCACAUUGUUGGCCAAACCAUCGCCAACGUUUGGCCACUUAGCUAUGAAAAGAGCCGGGGUCACCGACCCGAGUAGGGUACUGUUUAUUGGUGACAUGAUCGAGCAAGACAUCGGGCUCGGCAGAGCGACAGGGUUCCACACGCUGCUAGUCCUCACCAACCACACCAAAGAGGAAAUGCACGCCAACUCCAUACAACCAGAGUACUACGCAAGUUGCCUGGGAGACAUUGUGCCUCAUUUGAAACAGCUACUUUCGAAUUAAAUGUAUUGUAUAAUUAAUAACUAAUAAUUAACUAAUAAAAUAUGUUUGUAACGAAGAAGCUUAAACAUCAUUUGGCAGAUUUACGGUAAGCGUAGCAAUCUAUCGAUGUAAUUAGUAUCGUUAAAAAACAGGUCAUCAUAAAUGUGUGGACGGCGUCGGCAAUGCCCAAGAAGUGGACGCAUUUGAUGUGUGAAUUUCUACAAGAAUACAGAAUGCGUUGCGUACGAUGCC